AUGGGCGCCCAGAGCCUUCUCUUGACCAUCUAUCUGGCGCUUUUAGUCUGUCACUCCACUGCAAUUCCCCAAGCUAUUGUCGAGCCAAGGGAUACCCGCGAGCCAAGUAUAUUACAGGCCCCGAAACUUCAAGUACGGUUUCCUGGAUUCUAUUUCAAGGAAGCAGCUGAAAACUGCAAUGGUAACCAAUUCGAUACCCUGGUAAAAACUGUGGAAGAGGUUAUACCAUACAUGGAAAAGAACAAGGACGACCUCUAUAACACACCGGGAUGGAACCGCUUUUUUGUUCAAAAUGAAUACGUCCGCACAAUUGAACGCAUGGGAUUGGGCUCGAGAGUCGUGGACGGAAAGAACUGGGAGAAUUCUGCACGCUACCCGUACUACAAGAUGAUUAUCAACAAUUUCAAUCAGGUCAUCAAUUUCCCUACGCAAGGAAAGAAAAAUUGGAAAGAGGGAAUCCAGAAGGAUAGGAUUACAUUGACUUGCAAACAUGUCAAUAUCAACGCCAAAGAUAGUUGUGCGAAUCAAGGCACAUGGGCCACGACUUAUCGCCCUAGGGUAACGGGGAGAGGCGAAGUUGUGGUCUUCUGCCCGAAUUUCUUUGAUGACGCGCGGACUAAACAUCUGAGUCAAAUAAAUCAUGGUCAUGCGUGGCAGAUAGGAACAUUGUCGUCAAGAGAGCAUGUUCUGGCGCAUGAAAUGUUUCAUGCCCAAUCGGCGGUUGGGACUGAAGAGCACAUAACUGAUCUAAAUGCCGAGCUUCCCGGUGAGGGUACUUUCACAAAAGACGUGUACGUUUACGGCGCCACCAGAUGUGCAAAAUUUGCUUGGCUUUAUCUCGACCACGGAAUAAAGAAGCGUCAAGUUAAUAUUCAAGUCCAGAGAAAUGCGGACAAUUAUGCGUGGCUAUUUACCUUCAAUUGGUUCAACGAUAAGCUUAAAUGGGGUUCAAACGGGCAAUAUAUCUGGGCUCGCGACGAGUUCAGGCGCAGUUUGCUUGGCCCGCGGUCCGGAACAAAUAUGACCUCGUGGGAAAACACAAACUGGGAGGGUACUGCUACAUUCGACUCAGAUGAUACAACGGAUGAAGAUGAAGUCUGGCCACUUCCCAAUUGUCACCAGGUUGGCGGGGAUCCGAUGAAUCCCAUCUCGACUCCCUUCCAGCACACCUCUGACUUCCAGCACACCUCUGAUUCCCAGCAUAUCCCUGAUACCUACACCCACUUCUUCUGCAGCACCAUCGUGCACCGAUUCAAAUGA